UCUGUGUUUGCGUACGAUGCCGCCUCGUGGUGUGUUACGCAAGAGAUGAAAGAUGCUUAUGACACCAACGGCUACAUCCUCGUCAGAAACGCCUUCAGCCCCGAAGAAAUGAGGAAGGUGCGGGCGUUCGUAGAGGGCAAUGACGUCAUCCAAGAACGCGCCUACAGUCGAGACGACGGCAAGAACAGACGGAGCCGCGUCACCCUGUGGAACCACCCGGGCAGAGACGUCCUCGGGGUGAUGGCCAGGACGCAGAGGGUGGCCGGUACCAUGGAGCAGGUGAUGGGCGGCCAGGAGGUUUACCACUACCACAGCAAACUCAUCAUGAAGGACGCACGUACGGGAGGAAGGCACGUUUGGCACCAAGACUAUGGAUACUGGUACAGGAACGGCUGCCUCUAUCCGGACAUGGGCUCCGUGUUUAUCCCGAUCGACGACUGCACGAAGGAAAACGGCUGCCUACAAGUCCUUAAGGGGUCGCACCGCCUCGGCCGCCUAGACCACGUCAGGAUCGGCGAGCAGCUCGGAGCAGAGCCGGAGAGGGUGGAGAAGGCCAAGGAGCAGCUCGAACACCUCCACCUCGAGAUGCGCGCCGGAGAUGCCCUGUUUUUCCACUCCAACCUCCUCCACACCUCCGACCAGAACGCCUCAGACCUCCGCCGGUGGGUGUUCAUCGUGGCGUUCAACCGGCGUUCAAAUAACCCUUAUAAGGAGCAUCACCAUCCGCGGUACACGCCCAUGACGAAGGUUCCGGACUCCGCGCUGCUUGAGUGUGGCGAAGGAAGCGACUCCAACGGCCAGUGGUUCAUCAAACUCGACGAUGAUAUUUCCAUUCGCGAGAGGGUUCACUGAGAGCUUCGAAGCCCAGAAUGAGACGCGGUUCGAAGCCCAGAAUGAGAUGUUGUUCGAAGCCUAUAAUAAGAUGUUCUUCGAUGCCCAGAAUAAAAAAACGCGGUUCGAAGCCUAGAAUGAGACGCGGUUCGAUGCCUAGAAAUAGAUGCUGUUCGAAGCCCAGAAUGAGAUCAGAAUCGAAGCCCAGAAUGAGAUGAGAAUUGAAGCCCAGAAUGAGAUAAGGUUCGAAGUCGAAAAAAGAGAUGAGGUUCGAAGCCUAGAACGGGAUGAAUUCGACGUCAAGACUGAGAUAGUAUUAGAAGCCUAGAAUGAAAUUUAAGCUUAAAAUAUAGAUAAGUAAAGAAACUGAUAAGUAGGUGAAUAUAGACAGAUAGAUGGAUAAAUAAACAUAUAGGUAGAUAUAGACAUAACAAGGCUUUAAAUACACGUUUUCCUUAUCUAUAGGAAAUCGAGAAUGAGAUGCGGUUCGAUUCCGAGUAUUGAGAUGCGGUUCGUUCGAGAGUGAGAAUUAAACAUGUGAAUGUGAGAUGUAAUGAUCCUAUUGAACGAGAUUCUUUCGUUUCAUUUAAUAUUUUCGACUAAAUUUACAGAAAAAAAUACAUGAUAAAUCUACGGUUCUUUCGACGCUUGCUUUGAACCGCGAAUCUGAUAAUGAGAGACAUUCGAAUCCUAUGAAAUUAAUAAAACUGUGGCGAAGAAGAAUUGAAUUGUUUUUCAUGUAGGUACGUUUUUUGUUUUAUCUUUUUUUCGUAUUUUUUAAGUUUUAUGAAUAAAUGAUAAAUUUUCA